CCGUGUCUUGGGGAACUGUACAGAUUCAAAUUAUUCAAAAGCUGACUAUCUUUAACAAUCCGUAGUUGAUGGUGUUCACGUUAACGGCUAUCCGCUUUUUAAUGUUUAUUCGCCUGCUUGAGAGAUUCUGCGAAUUGCCACUUUUUUAAUACGUUAAAACCUGUCCAAGCAUACAGAAAGCUAUCCUGCAAUAUUCGUCUGACAAUGCCGAAGUCAAAAAAGUAUGUGGAGUCAAGUGAUGACAGCAGCGACUCGGAGCCAAAAUCAGAGAAAAAAGUGUCAAAAAAGUCAAAAAGAGAAAAUUCAGAUGUCGAGGCAUCCCAAAGCAAAAAACCAAAGAAAGAAAAAAAGGAAGAAGACAAUGCUUGGGACUUGGGAAAUAACCGGCAAGUCACGGUUAGAGAAUUCAAGGGAAAGCUAUUGAUUGACAUAAGAGAAAUGUAUUACGAUAAGGAAGGAGAAUUAAAGCCUGGUAAAAAAGGAAUCAGUUUAAACACAGCCCAGUGGCGAAAAUUUGUGGAUGCAGUUGCAGACGUUGAUGAAGCUGUUAAAUCGAUGUGUUAAGAUAAACAGAUAUAUCUAAAUAUUAAUAACAUAUGUUUUACUUCUGGAAGAAAAAAUUUGUAUUACCUCAUAUUGUAAGCUAACGUCGAUUAUUUAAUAAAUAUGUGUUAAUACUAUAGGUAUCUAA